AUGAGGGUUGUAAAGCUUGAGAGAUGGGCUGAAUCGAAUGUAGAUUAUGAAGUUUUGAGGAGAGAGCUUCCAAACAACAACGAUAUAGCCGAAUCUUUAUUUCAUGCCCAGGUGGCGUUGAAGAAAUCCCUUGGCGAAGAAGUGUAUAACAUGAAAUUUGGUGGUGAAGUUGAAUUGAUUGCUGGUCUUGAUCAGUUCAAAGCUGCAGUUGCUUCGACUGGAGCUUCUGUUGUUCUUUUCAAAACAACGUCCGAUCUUCAAUGCAAGCAGAUAUCUCCGUUUCUUAACACCUUAUGCACCCGAUACCCUUCUAUAAACUUUCUCAAGGAAGAAGAGCUUAGGCGUAAAUUUGUAAAAAAGAAGCAACAACACUAUUUUGUGCUGAUCAGGGCGGCGAAGGAGUCGGCGUCACAAAUGAUAAAGGGACAAGGAGGUAAAGGCGGAGAAAGUCGUUUUGCUCAAGUUUGGCAGGCAAAGGCGAGGGUGCAGGAGGCAGUUUCGGCAGCUCUACAAGUUCAGCUGCAGCAAGCCAUCGUUACCAUUUUAAACGCUAUGUAUAACUAUUCUCAGAAAUUUCAACUUUUUAACCGAUAA